AUGCCGAGCGAGCUUUCAACACGUGUGGCACGCUUCUGCGAUGUCUCGGACGCAGACCGAGAUGCCGCAGCUGAGGCGGCCGCCACAAACCUGGCAGUGCAAGGCUUCUGCGUGCUAGACUGCGGCUUCAAGGACAAAAAGAAGGACGUCCUGGACAAGGCAAGGGCCGAUGCGGCAGCCUUGGACGAAGCUGAGGCCUUUUACCGGCCGGAGGAGCUAGUUUUCACGGGCCUCUUUGGCGAUGAGGGCUCUGCCCGCAUAGCGCCGCUAAACCUUCGGGAGGAGCCAAUGCGAGAAGGCCUGAAAGCCAUCGAUGCCGAGAUGACUGAGCUUGCACAGGUCGCGGCUCCCUUCAUCUCCUUCAAGAUGGGGCUAGAGAUCGUCUCCAGAGCACGCGCUGUGCUCCAUGAGACUGGGCCGCUUGAGGGCGUCAUACAGAAGCUGACCCCCAGUGAGGCAUCGAUGUGGCUGAACGACUUUCGCUUCGGGCGUGUCAUGUGUGUUGUGUGCAUCGGGCCGGGCUACGGCGAAAUGGAGCUGAAGCCGUACGCGGAGGAAGAGGCGAAGCCUUUGAAGGUCACCGCUGUCCCUGGGACGGUGCUGAUGGUACGAUCCGACAAGCUUCGUGUCAGACACCUCUGCCGGACGCGGACGCUACUGCUUAGCUGCAAUCUGCAAGCAUCCGGCGGUACCAACGCACGGCUCGCACCCAACCCCUGUGCUGCGAAGCUCCAGGCUCCGGGUGGGGCCUCAAGGGUUUAA